AUGACCACAUCCUCCGCCGACGCCGUCGUCACCAUCGACUUCCCUCCCUCCGAGACCACCGUCCGGGUCCGUCUCGUCGACACCACGGCGGUGAUGACGGUGCGGGCCGAGUCGUUCGUCCAGCCCGUGCUGCCGGGCCACGAGCUGCUGAACCUGACGUGCGCGGCGUUCCUAAUCGACCACGCGCCCUCGGGCCGCCGCGUCAUGUUCGACCUCGGCGUGCGCACCGACUAUUGGAACUACGCCGCCGUGCUGCAGCGCCGCAUCGGCUCCAUUAUUCCCAGCCUGCGCGUCGACAGGGGAGUGCCGGAGAUCUUGGUCGAGAAGGGCGUGGAGUUGCACUCUAUCUCCUCGGUCAUCUGGUCACACUUCCACUGGGAUCACAUCGGCGACAUGUCCCUCUUCCCGCCCUCCACCGAGGUGGUGGUCGGACCGGGCUUCAAGUCCUCGCCGCUGCUGCUGCCCGGCUUCCCCGACAAGCCCGACUCGCCGGUACGCACGUCCGACUUUCACGGCCGCGAGCUGAGGGAGAUCGACUUUGGGACGUCCGGCCUCCGCAUCGGCGGCUACGGGGCGUUUGAUUUCUUUGGCGAUGGCUCAUUCUAUUUGCUCGACACGCCCGGCCACUGUCUGGGCCACAUGUGCGGCCUCGCCCGGACGACAGGUGGCGACGACAGCACGUUCCUGCUGCUGGGCGGCGACAUCUGCCAUUUCGUCGGGGACCUCCGACCGACGCCGACAUAUCCCAUCCCGGACCCCGUCCCGGCCGACGUGCUGGACCGUGACUCGGCCAGCUCGUUCCCCAGCCCCUGCCCGUGCAGUCUCUUCACCGACCACCACCCGGGCAUCUCCCAAGGCUUCCUGGACGGCGACCCGAAGCAGACGCCGUUCUACCGGGUCUCCACGCACGCGUCGUCCGCGUACGUCGACCCGCCCACCGCGCAGGCGUCGGUGGACAAGCUGCUCGACUUCGAACAAUGCCCCGCCGUGAUGGUCUGCCUGGCCCACGACGGGGCGCUGCUGAAGUACCUGCCCACGCUGAACCGCGAACCGGGGGCGGACCUGAACGCCUGGAAGAGCGAGGGGUGGAAGAACGCGUGUCGCUGGGAUUGGUUGAACGAGUUGCCGCGCAGUCACGACGGCGACAGGAGCAAGAGUAGGCCGGGGAGGAAGCCCAUCGUGGAAGGGUUCUGGCGUGAUGGGAAGCCGUGGGAUCGGGCGAAGAUGAUUGGGGAGUGA